CAGGCCUCGCUGGAGGCGCAGUCCACAUGUCCCCCGCCGCUUCCGCGCCGGUCUUCUUCUCCCACCUUCCCCGCCCCCUCCUCGCCCCUCCCCCAAUGCUCUCCACUCUUCUCCUUCGCCACCGCCUCACCGCCGCCGCCGCCGCCGCCGCCUCGUCGACCCGCUCGCCUCUCCGCAUCCUCGCCUCUUCCUCCGCCAUGUCGUCAUCCGCGUCCUCGUCCUCGCCCCACGGCGGGCGGAAGCCGAACCGCCUCGCCGCCGAGCACAGCCCCUACCUGCUGCAGCACGCGCACAACCCGGUUGAUUGGUAUCCCUGGGGGGACGAGGCUUUCGAGAAGGCUCGCGCCAAGGACGUCCCCAUCUUCCUCUCAAUUGGCUAUAGCACAUGCCAUUGGUGUCAUGUAAUGGAGGGGGAGUCCUUUGAGAAUGAGGAGGUGGCAAAGUUGCUGAAUGAUUGGUUUGUUAGCAUCAAGGUUGACCGUGAAGAAUGCCCAGAUGUUGAUAAGGUAUAUAUGACAUAUGUAUCGGCACUACAUGGUGGUGGUGGUUGGCCUUUGAGUGUUUUUUUGUCACCCAAUUUGAAACCAUUGAUGGGUGGUACGUACUUUCCACCAGAUGAUAAGUAUGGAAGACCAGGCUUCAAGACUGUACUGAGGAAGGUCAAGGAAGCCUGGGAAACUAAACGUGACGCGCUCGAGCGGACAGGAAAUCUGGUCAUCGAACAACUUAGGGAUGCAUUAUCUGCAAAGGCUAACUCUCAAGAUCUGCCAAAUGAUCUGGCUGUUGUUUCUGUAGAUGAAUGUGUUGAAAAGUUGACGAGCAGUUACGAUCCAAAAUUUGGUGGAUUUGGCUCUGCACCCAAAUUUCCAAGACCUGUUGAAGAUUAUAUAAUGCUCUAUAAAUUUCGUAAACACAUGGAGGCUGGAAAGGAGAGUGAAGCCCAUAACAUAAAGAAGAUGGUAACUCACACAUUGGACUGUAUGGCAAGAGGUGGAGUUCAUGACCAUGUCGGAGGUGGCUUUCACAGAUAUAGUGUGGAUGAAUGCUGGCAUGUUCCACAUUUUGAGAAGAUGUUGUACGACCAGGGACAGAUAGUAAAUGUAUACUUGGAUACAUUUCUGAUUACGGGAGAUGAGUAUUAUUCUACAGUUGCACGCGACAUACUUGAUUACUUGAGGAGAGACAUGAUAGGAAAAGAAGGUGAAAUCUUCUCAGCAGAAGAUGCUGACAGUGCAGAAUAUGAGGGUGCUCCAAGAAAAAAGGAAGGGGCUUUUUAUGUGUGGACCAGUAAUGAGAUCGAGGACACACUUGGGGAGAAUGCAGAGCUGUUCAAGAAUCAUUACUAUGUUAAAUCAUCUGGAAAUUGUGAUCUUUCACCAAUGAGUGAUCCCCACAAUGAGUUCAAAGGUAAAAAUGUGCUGAUUGAAAGAAAACCAACUUCUUUGAUGGCAUCAAAGUCUGGGAAGUCUCUUGAUGAAUAUUCUCAAAUCCUGGGGGUUUGUCGGCAGAAGUUGUUUGAUAUCAGGUCUAAAAGGCCAAGACCUCAUUUGGAUGACAAGGUUAUUGUUUCAUGGAAUGGACUAGCAAUAUCUGCUUUUGCAAGGGCUUCAAAAAUUCUGAAAUCAGGACCAACUGGAACCAGAUUCAAUUUCCCAGUAACUGGAUGCAAUCCAGUUGAAUAUCUUGAAGUUGCAGAAAAGGCAGCGAACUUUAUAAAGGUAAAACUUUAUGAUGCAAGCUCAAAAAGGCUGCAUCAUAGCUAUCGCAAUGGGCCAUCAAAAGCACCAGGAUUUUUAGAUGAUUAUGCCUUCCUGAUCAAUGGCUUGCUGGAUCUCUACGAGUUUGGUGGAAAGAUAGAGUGGCUUCUGUGGGCUGUCCAACUGCAAGUCACUCAGGAUGAGUUGUUUUUGGACAAACAAGGAGGUGGCUAUUUUAAUACUCCUGGAGAGGACCCUUCCGUUCUCUUGCGUGUUAAAGAGGAUUAUGAUGGUGCAGAGCCCUCUGGUAACUCAGUUGCAGCGAUCAACUUGAUCAGAUUAUCCAGUAUAUUUGAUGCAGCGAAAUCUACUGGUUACAAGCUCAAUGUUGAGCAUCUCUUGGCGGUCUUCGAGACAAGACUACGGCAACUUAGUAUAGCACUGCCUUUGAUGUGUUGCGCAGCAGACAUGCUCUCUGUUCCAUCAAGGAAGCAGGUUGUGUUGGUGGGGGAGAAAGGAUCUGCAGAAUUCCAUGACAUGGUAGCAGCUGCAUUUUCGUCAUAUGAUCCGAAUAGAACAGUAAUCCAAAUCGAUCCCAGGAACGCAGAAGAAAUGGAAUUCUGGGACUGCAACAACGCAAACAUCGCGCAAAUGGCACGGAGCGGUCCUCCGGAGAAGCCAGCCGUGGCGCACGUGUGCCAGGACUUCAAAUGCAGCCCGCCCGUGACCUCUCCGGAGGCGCUCCGCGAGCUGCUGAACAAGACACUGGCCGCUGCAAGUUCAGCUGCCUGAGGCGCCUUCCUUCCUGCUGCAAAGCGCAAACCCGUGUGCAUAUUUACUUGCAUGAAAAGUCGUUUGGACCCUCUGGAAGUCUUCGCAGCUGUAUAACGAUGUUCCCAAUAAAGCACGUAAUGAAAUGCUUUCGUUUUAAUC